ACAAAUUUAGUUUUGAUUCAACCACGUUAGAAAAAUAUGAACUACUGUUCGAUUUGCAUGUUAUUCGCUGCUGUGUUGGAUUGGAUUUUGUGGAAAUCAUUCGUUUUGUCGAAAGUGAUCGUGGACGUUCACGAGACCCCGUACGAGUGUGACGACACGUUGCCCCUGCCAGCGGCCGAUUUUUCCGGCCUGGAGUUUGAGCUGGACGAGGACGACGUGAUGAACUUUAGCGGAACCGUAAACGUGACCGAGGAUUACGAGGCGCCAAUUGGGAUGAACCUCUACACGGAACACCUCGAGCGGGGCGAGUGGAAAACGGGCAUCAUGAGCCGAGUUGUGCGGGACUUUUGUCCGGUCAUCCUGAACCGGUUCGAGGCUUGGUAUCCCAUCACGAAAACCUUGCAGCAAACGGAGUGCCCGUACCGGAAAGGGCAUAUUGAAAGGUUUGACCACUUGAAGUUGGGCACGUUCGGGGUCGCCGUUCCGCACCACUUGCUUGGAGAGUGGAAGAUUUACUUCGAAAUAUCUGCCCAACGGAACGGUCAAACCGUUAAGGAGUGCAUCAUGCGACGAGCUGACCUAAUUGAUGGCUGAUUAGUGAAAUAUUAGUGUAAAAUGUUUCAUUGAAGCCUCAUAUUGAAA